UGUUCAAAGCUAAGCCUUGCUAUAAUCAAAGAGAAAUCUGGGUUUGUGAAACAAUGGCAUCGUCACCUUUGACCGGCAAGCUCGAGUUCGACGUAGAGAUCGACGCUACUCCCGAACAGUUCCACCAUAUGUGGGCACACAGGCCGCACGAUGUGCACCACACCAACUCCGAGAAAGUACAAUCAUGCGAUCUACACGGUGGUGAAUUCGGGAAGUCCGGUGCCAACCUUUUCUGGAAUUACGUGCACGAUGGAAAGGCGAAAACAGCGAAGCAGGUGGUUCAUUAUGACCAUGGCAAAAAGUCAAUAGUAUUCACAUUCACCGAAGGCGAUCUGAGGGAGGAAUACAAGAGCUUCGUGGUUACUAUUCAAAGUCUCCCCAAGAAGGGCGGUAAAGGCUGUGUAGUGCACUGGAUUUUGGAAUACGAAAUGCUGCACGACGGCGUCGGACACCCGGAGAGUAUGCGCCAGUUCUAUAUCGAACUCACCGGCGAUAUCGAUGCUCACCUCGUCAAAGAGAAAUAAUUCAACACUUAGUAAACGAAAAAUCCCAUGUUAAACAUUCGUGUGAUGUUUAUGUUAUUACCGAUCUAAGAAUAAAAGUUGGGAUCUUUGUACUGUGUUUGAUGAGGCUGUAAGAGUGGGAGCGAUCAGCUUUCUAUGUUUCUCCUUGU